AUGGUGCAGUCCUGUUCCGCCUACGGCUGCAAGAACCGGUACCACAAGGAUAAGCCCGUUUCUUUUCACAAGUUUCCUCUUACUCGACCCAAUCUUUGUAAAGAAUGGGAGGCAGCUAUCAGAAGAAAAAACUUUAAACCCACCAAGUAUAGCAGCAUUUGUUCGGAACACUUUACUCCAGAUUGCUUUAAGAGGGAGUGCAACAACAAGUUACUGAAAGAGAAUGCUGUACCCACAAUUUUUCUUUGUACUGAACCACGUGACAAGAAGGAAGAUGUGGAACCACAAGAACAGCCUUCCCCACCUCCUCUAAAGCCUCCCAUUUCCCAGGUGGAUGCUGCCAUUGGAUUACUAAUGCCUCCUCUUCAGACCCCUGAUAAUCUCUCAGUUUUCUGUGACCACAACUAUACUGUGGAGGAUACAAUGCACCAGAGAAAAAGGAUUCAAGAGCUAGAACUGCAAGUUGAAAAACUCAGAAAGAAGCUCAAGACUGCACAGCAACGAUGCAGAAGACAAGAACGACAGCUUGAAAAGUUAAAGGAGGCCAUGCACUUCCAGAAAGAGAAAGACGUCCCAGAGAGAGGUUUUGUGUUUCUCCCAGAAAAUUAUUUUGAAAUAGUUGAAGUACCAGUAUAG